AUGCCGACUGUCGGAAUUGUCAUUCCUGCCGCAGGCAGAGGCACACGCGCAGGAAUCGGUUGUCAAAAAGCAUACCGCCGCAUCGCAGGGGACACUGUGAUAAAUCGCGUCAUCAAACUUUUCCGGUCAUGGAGCUUCAAUUGUCCUAUUGUGAUUGUUCACCACGCUGAUGACACUGCUCUGCUGGACGCUUGCAUCGAUCGCGAUGAAAAUAUCUACACUACAGUUGGUGGUAAUGAGCGGCAGGCAUCGGUGCUGGAGGGCCUCCGUUUUCUUUCCACACUUGCCGAGCGUCCUUCGCAUGUUUUCAUACACGAUGCCGCCCGCCCCUUUGCUUCACAUGAAGUACUAAACAGAGUCCUUGAAUCCAUCACGAAGGAACCUGCUGUGGGUGUUAUUCCAGCCAUAGCGGUGUCUGAUACACUCAAAAAGACCGAUUCAAACGGCUUGAUUACAGCGACAAUCCCGCGAGACGGUCUUUUUCGCGCGCAAACGCCGCAGGCAUUUGAACUACAGUCUAUACUCGCAGUUCACGAACGUGCUGCCAAAUCUACAACUGAAUACACAGACGAUGCGUCCCUUUUCGAAGAAGCCGGGUUACCAGUUCGAAUUAUAACAGGAGAUGCUCAGAACAUAAAGUUGACUUACCCAGAGGACUUCGAAGAAGCUGAUCGAUUUGUGCGAUUCAACAGCACGAAUGCAAACAUUCUACCGGAUAUUCGGGUCGGCCAUGGCUAUGACACACAUCGACUGGUACCGGGAGAGGAGAUUAUCCUUUGUGGAGUAAAAAUUCCACACAAGUCGUCGCUCCUGGGCCAUUCGGAUGCCGACGUCGGUCUACAUGCACUUACAAACGCUUUCCUCGGCACCAUCGCAGCCGAUGACAUUGGCAGUCAUUUCUCUCCCUCCGACCCUCAGUGGAAAGGGGCAUCUUCGGAUAUGUUUCUACGACAUGCAGCCAAGCUCGUUGUUGAGGCUGGCGGAACAAUCACACAUUGCGAUGUGAGUUUUAUCUGCGAGAAGCCGCGGAUCAGCAUCCACCGUGACGCAAUGCGCGACUCCGUCGCUCAGAUAGUUGGAUUGGACAGAUCUCGGGUUUCUGUGAAAGCAGGGACCAACGAGAAAAAUGGAUUUGUGGGGCGUGAAGAGGGGAUGGUGGCCUUUGCGACAGCCACGGCUGUUUUUGCCAAUAAGAUUUGA